UCUUGAUUCAAUUAUGACCAGCGGCAGAUCAUGUGGGAGGAGGUAAGGCCGUGUGUGGGAGGAGGCAAGGCCUGUGGAUGUGCUGCUCACUCAUUUCUUCAAACUACCACUAACACCACGACUUUACAUCCUUAACUCAGGAAGAUACACGCAGAUUUAACCUGUCGAGAAUAAACAAAACCAUGGCACAGAGCAAUGCAAUCACAACCCAGGAUAAAGAUGGAGGCGUUGUGAUUAAAGACUCGUGGCCGGGCUACAGUUUGGAUCUGUUCACGUAUCCAGCACAUUAUUAUGAAGACUUGAAAUCUGUAUACAUACCUCAUGGAGUCAUCAUGGAUAGGACUGAACGGCUGGCCAGGAACAUCAUGGAUGACAUUGGGGAUCACCAUAUCGUGGUCCUGUGUGUGCUGAAGGGAGGGUACACGUUCUGCGUGGACCUCGUGGAGUACAUUAAAGUCCUGAGCCGGAACUCCAGCAGAUCCAUUCCCAUGAGAGUGGAUUUCAUCAGGCUAAAGAGCUAUUGUAAUGAUCAUUCAACAGAUGAUAUGCAGAUAAUAGGAGGUGGGGAUCUUUCCAUUCUGACAGGCAAGAAUGUGCUGAUUGUCGAGGCUAUCGUUGACACUGGCAAGACAAUGAAAGUCCUUCUAAAUCAUGUUGAGAAAUUCAAACCAAAAAUGGUGAAGGUUGCAGGCUUGCUGGUGAAGAGAGUAACUAAUGGUGGAGGAUACAAACCAGAUUAUGUUGGAUUUGAAAUUCCAAACCGCUAUGUUGUGGGAUACGCUUUGGACUACAAUGAGUAUUUCAGAGAUCUCAAUCACAUAUGUCUCAUCAACGAGAAUGCAAAAAUAAAGUACCAGAUUUGAAGAUCACGCCUGUCCGCUUUUGAAGAUGCUCACAUGUACAGACACUUUGUACGAAGGCUGACUGCAGUGACAGAGAUGUCAGUCAGCUUGUAACUGUGACAUUGGUUCUUAGUCACUGCACCAGAUACCAUGUUGUAGUUUGAAAUGCUUUAAAAGCUGUUCAGAUCUCCACACAGAUCUAUCUUUCUGAUUUCUGUUUCUAGCAUGGAAAUGACAAGCCUGUCCAUUUGGAUAACAAAUUAGAAGCAAACGUUUUCUUGUGUCUUUGCUUUGCAAGUGAACUAUACAAUACUACAUUGUUCAAAGUAGAUUCUAUCAUCUAAUUUGAAUAUCUUGAAUUUUCAUUUGGAGUCCAGUGGUGUAAGGCAAAAAUGUUUUAACUGUUAGGUAAAAAUAACAUUGUACUAAUAAAAAUGUGUGUUUUCUAA